CACGAAUUUGUGUGGCCGCGGGGUUCUCUUCCCAUUCCAACCCUCCAGUAGCAUCGCCGUCGUCGCCGUCCGAUAAGUACCAGCUGCCCCUCCUGCUGGAGAGCCGUUUCUCGCACCGUCUGGGAAGGGAAGAUGAGCUGCGCCUCUACCUCCUCCCCUUGCUGCUCCGGCGUCUCUCCUCCGGUUCUUGCCAGCCCACGGGGAGGAUUCUCUGCAAGCUGCCCCACAAGAAGAAAUCAGGAAGCGUGUUUCCUCGGUUCAAGAGAAUUUCCUCGGGUCAAAUACGGCCCAGCAAACCGUGCAUCAUCGCGUUUGUCGCGGAGGGAAGUAAUUGCUUUUGCCGGUCAGCAAUCUUGGGAUAUCGGCAGAUUUGCAAGGACUUUGUUUUUCUUCAACGGGCCACCAAAUCCUCUCAAGAUUGUGGAGUCCAUAAUGAGCAGUAUCACAGCCUCGGCUCCUACCGAAGCACCGAAGAAAAUGCAAACUUCUGAUGUGGUACUGGUUACUGGAGCUACUGGUGGUGUUGGUCGAAGAGUUGUCGAUGUCCUACGGAAGAAGGGGCUACCUGUCCGUGUAUUGGUUAGAAAUGAAGAGAAGGCGAGGACAAUGUUGGGGCCAGAUGUGGACUUGAUCAUAGGAGAUGUUACAAAGGGUGAUACACUCGAUCCUAAAUACUUCAAAGGGAUCAAGCAAGUAAUCAGUGCAGUUUCUGUCAUAGUAGGCCCAAAGGAAGGUGAUACACCGGACAGGCAGAAGUAUGCGCAAGGCAUCAGGUUUUUUGAACCCGAGGUAGCGUCACCAAUACAAUUGUUCGUUUCAUUUCAUGGUAUCAUUUGUUUUGCCAAUCAGAUCAAGGGACCUUCGCCUGAAAUGGUAGAGUACAUUGGUAUGCAAAACUUAAUUAGUGCUGUAAAGAAUAGUAUUGGAUUGAGUGAAGGGAAACUGCUAUUUGGGUUCAAAGGUAAUUUAUCUGGAAAGUUUGUCUGGGGAGCACUUGAUGAUGUUGUAAUGGGUGGUGUUAGUGAAAGUGCAUUCCAAAUCCAACCAACAGGAAGUGAAACUGGUGGAGCAACUGGCUUAUUCAAAGGCAUUGUGUCUACUUCAAAUAACGGUGGAUUCACUAGUAUAAGGACAAAGAACUUUACUCUGCCCGAGGACCUGUCGGCGUAUGACGGCGUUGAACUAAGAGUUAAGGGAGAUGGGCGGAGGUACAAGCUGAUUGUAAGAACCAGCUAUGAAUGGGAUACUAUUGGUUAUACUGCAAGCUUUGACACCACGAAGGGGGAAUGGCAAAGUGUUAGGAUACCUUUCUCUUCACUGAUACCUGUAUUUCGCGCUCGGACUGCACCUGAUGCUCCGCCCUUUGAUGCAAGCAAUAUCACUGCAUUACAGCUCAUGUUCAGCAAGUUUGAAUAUGAUGGAAAGCUCAACCCAACAUUUAUAGAAGGUCCAUUCGAGCUUCCAUUUUCAAGUAUUAGAGCAUACAUAAAUGAGCCAAUUACUCCAAGGUUUGUUCAUGUGAGUUCUGCUGGAGUUACUAGACCUGAAAGACCUGGACUAGACUUAAGCAAACAACCCCCUGCUGUCCGCAUGAACAAAGAGCUUGGCUCUAUUCUAACUUAUAAGUUGAAGGGAGAAGACUUGAUCCGUGAAAGUGGUGUUCCCUACACUAUCGUGCGGCCAUGUGCUCUAACUGAGGAACCAGCUGGAGCUGACCUCAUAUUUGAACAGGGGGAUAAUAUUACUGGAAAGAUAUCGCGGGAAGAAGUUGCCCGCAUUUGUGUUGCAGCUCUAGCUAGCCCAAAUGCAGUGGGGAAGACUUUUGAGGUCAAGAGCACCGUUCCAUUCAGUGAACCAUUUGUCAUUGACCCUUCAAACCCUCCUCCUGAGAAGGACUACGAAGUGUACUUCAAAGAGCUCAAAGAAGGCAUCACUGGUAAAGAGGUACUUGAAGGAACACCUGCUCAAGUCUGAAGAAUAUGUCAAUUGCAACAUAGGCCCUCUGCUUCGGAAAGUCCUGAGAGGGUAACUAUCCACUCUUCAAACUUUUAAGAACCAGGAAGACAUGUGAAGUUACAAUGCCUGGUGUACUAAAAGCCAAGUUGAACAAUAAUGUUUUCAAAGAACCACUGGUACAUUUAGACCGGCAGUCUGAGACUGUAUGUACAGUGUCAAUAGAUCUAGUAUCUGAUGAUCUAUGCCACAAUCUUUUUGACGAAGCAUCUGUGCUACAAUCUUACUGUUGCAUUCUUUGCAGCCAUGGUAAUUUAAAUACAACGGCGUGGAUUGUCUGCAGAAGCACGAAGGAAAGUCUGUGCGCUUCUAUAGUGCGAUGUUGGAUGAACUACCAAUGGCUAUAUCCUGUGCAGUUUGAAUUAUGUUUUCAUCAGUAUAUACAUAUGAAAUGAAGUCACAUAAAACUGCGGAAUACUUGUAGGUGUAGAUCUAGUCUAUGGAAUUAUUAUAGGGCAACUUUCUGGUAUUUUGUUACACCUUUCUUCCCACUGGAUUCCGUAGUGUAGGUAACGUGUCUAGGUAGUACUCUACUGUACUAUUUGUAAUGUGAAAUGAGAAUCAUCGAUGCCUAGAAAAGAGGGGUUUACAAUUCCUGUCGCUUCUUUUUGUGA